AUGUUUCUGAAUGCCAGGAGGAUUGCAAAAGUGAAGGAGGAUGAGUGUAUGGUUGCUAUAUCAGAUGUAAUGUAUUUGCUAAUUUUGUACAAGUUUUCUGAGAUCAGGGUUCAUUUGGUUCCAAAGCUUUCUAGUUGUCUGUACAAUAGAAGGCUAGAGAUACUGCCUUCUAAGGAUUGGGAACUGGAGUCUAUUCACAGCAUGGAGGUUUUGGAUAUCAUAAGGCAACAUGUCAGCAAUGUAACAGGCUUGAAAUCAAAUCCUAGUGUAAGGGAAAGUUGGGCUACCACUCAUAUUCGACAAUGCUGGCUUGCCGAAGUCUAUGUCACCUCCAUAUUAUAUGGUUACUUUCUGAAAUCAGUUUCAUUGAGGUACACCCUAGAGCGAAGUCUUUCGUCAUCAAACUAUGAUCUUCAUCAGGCUCAGAAAACUGGCUCUUCAUUUCGAGACAGAUAUCGAUACGGGUCAAAAGAUGUGAUGCUUGGCAACAAGAACGAUUUACAAUUUGUAUGGCAUGAUUUAAUAAGGCAGGAUGAGGGAAUUGAGGAUUUAAAAAGUUAUGUUAUGAACUUUCACUCUGGAUCAUUUCAGAGAUGUUGCAACCUGAGAUCUAGGGAAGCUGUGCAGUUGAUAGAGAGUCAUAGUAAUGCACUUUUUGGAAAUGGAAAAUCUGGUUUGUCUCAGCAUGAUGAUGUUAUAGAAACGUCAUUUUCUAGUCUGAGGAGGCUAAUCUUGGAGGCUAUUGCAUUUGGAUCCUUCCUCUGGGAUACAGAAGAUUUUAUUGACAAUCUAUAUAAGCUUAAAGCUCUUGAGGUAGAGUAA